AUGAAUGCUGUGGAAAGUCCCGAGGGGCAAGAGCUCCAAAAGAUGGGGAGUGGAGCCUGGGACAACCUUGCCUACAGUGGUCCCCCCUCCCCACGUGGGACACUGAGGAUCUGCACCAUCUCCAAUGCAGUGCCCCCCCAGCCCCAACCCAAAAAGCCUGAAGAUGGAUCCCAGGAGAAAGCCUAUAGGACCCUGGUAUCCAGCUGCUGCUUCCAGAUCUGUCGUGGCAUCAGAGGACUUUGGGGAACAACCCUGACUGAGAACACAGCUGAGAACCGGGAGCUUUACGUCAAAACCACCCUGCGGGAGCUGUUAAUAUACAUCAUGUUCCUGGUGGACAUCUGUCUCUUGACCUAUGGAAUGACAAGCUCCAGUGCCUAUUAUUACACCAAAGUGAUGUCCGAGCUCUUCUUACAUACCCCGUCAGACACCGGAGUCUCCUUCCAGGCCAUCAGCAGCAUGGCGGACUUCUGGGAUUUUGCCCAGGGUCCACUACUGGACAGUUUGUAUUGGACCAAAUGGUACAACAACCAGAGCCUGGGCCAAGGCUCCCACUCCUUCAUCUACUAUGAGAACCUGUUGCUGGGGGUUCCAAGGCUACGGCAGCUGAGGGUCCGCAAUGACUCCUGUGUGGUGCAUGAGGACUUCCGCGAGGACAUUCUGAGCUGCUACGACGUCUACUCUCCAGACAAGGAAGAGCAGCUCCCCUUUGGGCCUCUCAAUGGCACAGCGUGGACAUACCAUUCACAGGAUGAGCUGGGGGGCUCCUCUCACUGGGGUCGGUUGACAAGCUACAGUGGAGGUGGCUACUAUCUGGACCUUCCAGGAUCUCGACAGGCCAGUGCAAAAGCACUCCAGGACCUUCAGGAGGGCCUGUGGCUAGACAGGGGCACUCGAGUGGUCUUCAUUGACUUCUCAGUCUACAAUGCCAACAUCAAUCUUUUCUGUGUUUUGAGACUGGUAGUGGAGUUUCCAGCUACAGGAGGUGCCAUCCCAUCCUGGCAAAUCCGCACGGUUAAGCUGAUCCGCUAUGUCAGCAACUGGGACUUCUUUAUCAUUGGCUGUGAAGUCAUCUUCUGCAUCUUUAUCUUCUACUACGUGGUAGAGGAGAUCCUGGAGCUCCACAUCCACCGGCUUUGUUACCUCAGCAGCAUCUGGAACAUUCUGGACCUGGUGGUUAUCUUGCUCUCCAUUGUGGCUAUGGGCUUCCACAUAUUCCGAACCCUUGAGGUGAAUCGGCUGAUGGGGAAGAUCCUGCAGCAGCCAAACAUGUAUGCUGACUUUGAGUUCCUCGCCUUCUGGCAGACACAGUACAACAACAUGAAUGCUGUGAACCUCUUCUUUGCCUGGAUCAAGAUAUUCAAGUACAUCAGCUUCAACAAAACCAUGACUCAGCUCUCCUCCACGCUGGCCCGCUGUGCCAAGGACAUCCUGGGCUUCGCCAUCAUGUUCUUCAUUGUUUUCUUCGCCUAUGCCCAACUUGGCUACCUGCUUUUUGGAACCCAAGUGGAAAACUUUAGCACUUUCAUCAAGUGCAUUUUCACUCAGUUCCGGAUCAUCCUUGGGGACUUUGACUACAACGCUAUUGACAAUGCCAACCGCAUCCUGGGACCUGCCUACUUUGUCACCUAUGUCUUCUUUGUCUUCUUCGUGCUCCUGAACAUGUUCCUGGCCAUCAUCAAUGACACAUAUUCAGAGGUCAAGGAAGAGUUGGCUGGACAGAAGGAUGAGCUGCAACUUUCUGACCUCCUGAAACAGGGCUACAACAAGACCCUACUGAGGCUGCGUUUGAGGAAGGAGCAGGUUUCAGAUGCACAGAAGGUCCUGCAGGGUGGGGAGCAGGAGAUCCAAUUUGAGGAUUUCACCAACACCUUGAGGGAACUCAGGCACGCAGAGCAUGAAAUCACUGAGCUCACAGCUGCCUUCACCAGGUUUGAUCAAGAUGGGAAUCACAUCCUGGACAAGAAAGAGCAAGAACAAAUGCGACAGGACCUGGAGAAGAGGGUGGCCCUCAAUGCCGAGAUUGAGAACCUGGGCCAGCCCAUUGUGAGUAGUCCACCAGGCGAGUCGGGUCCAGAGGCUACCAGAGCAGGUGGCUGGGUUUCAGGAGAAGAAUUCUACACACUCACAAGGAGAGUUCUUCAGUUGGAGAUUGUCCUGGAAGGAGUCAUGUCCCAGGUGGAUGCUGUGGGCUCAAAGCUAAAGAUGCUGGAGAGGAAAGGGCAGCUAGCUUCCUCCCCAGGCCUGGGAGAUCAAGGCAUUUGGGAGCACCUGCAGCCAACCCCAGCUGUGACUCCAACCUCCUGGGGAGUCCAGCGUGGGCAGGAGAGUGGUGGGGGAGGGGCCCUAAAGCAUCAGACAGCAGCCUCCUCUCUCAUUGCCUCCUCAGAGACCUCCUCAGGACAUGCCCUCCACUUCUAGGGCAGCAGUUCCCUCCACUGCUACUGCAGAGUCCUACCCUGUGUUUGGCCCCUUGAACCAAUGUUUCUACCUGUAGCUUGUAUCAUGC